ACCUAAGUGACUUAGUUAUCAAGAUUGGUAAAACUCUAGUAGUAGUGUCCUAAUACUAAUUGAUGUUUUUAAUUCGCAGUGCUAACAACAAACUAUAGGUACAUAUACCGGCUCAGUCAAUAAGAAAUGGGAGCAAUCUUCGGCUUAGUUUUUGUGAUAGCUUUMAGCCUKUCAGGCGUCACACCCUUGGCACCAGAUUGUUACAACCCCUCUGGCUCAUCAUGUGAGUGGUACCCUAACUGCAUGCAUAAGAAAUACCCUUGCGACUCAAGCAGCCAUCCUUACGCUAUGGCAUAUGCUUACAAGUUUUGUAAACUSUACGACCAGCGCAAGGCAUUGUUCAGUCCCYAUGAGUGGGCAUGGGUCAAUGGUGUAAGAAAGUGUCUACAGGURGCCUUGGRCCCAGUUCUCAAGCAGUCAACCACACCAUCGUGUCAAGAAAUACAUAACAAGGGUUUCAAGUCUCAUGCYCCAUGUUAUGUAAAUCCUYGUCAAGGCGCCCCYACAAUUUGCAAACUUGGCUGUGAUGUUUACAUUAAGAUCUUUCGAGUGAUCAAAAGUUCUUUAAACAGCUGGUACACAUUUUGGGAAAUGAUGAAAGCUUCUUGGCAUAUUAGUAAACAAUGUGGAUUCAAAUGCAACCUAACAGGCUUGUAUUGAGUUGAAGGAAAUAAAUGAAUAAAAGAUCUUACUCGAUCA